CCUUCGCUUCGUCAUGCCAUCGCUCGGGAAGCUUUUGGCACCAAAGCAAGGAAAACAACAAACGCCGCUUUCCAUCCGAUCCUAGAAUCCUGAACCAUGUCGUCCAACGAUCCGAUCGAGAAAUCCUGGGAUCUGUCGCUGUACGAGUUGCAUCGUGUGCCGCAAGAAGCCAUCACGGAUGAGACCGAAAUCGCAGUGUCCGCUCGAGCUCUCCAAUCCGAACUCACUUGUCCCAUUUGCUUGGAUAUGCUCACUCAAACCAUGACCACCAAAGAGUGCCUCCAUAGAUUUUGCGCCGAAUGCAUUGUGACUGCCUUAAGAUCCGGAAACAAGGAGUGUCCUACAUGUCGCAAGAAACUCGUAUCCAAACGGUCUUUAAGACCGGACCCGAAUUUUGAUAUGUUGGUGGAGAAGAUCUUUCCCAAUCGCGAGGAGUAUGAAGCCCACCAGGAAUCCAUACUGGAAUCACUCAGUCGAUCUCACAGUCAAAACUUUAUCACGUCCAUUACCGAUGGUAUAAAGGCCCAGAUGGCACAUGUGAAGGCUCUGAACAAGAAGAGCAAAAGUCAGGAUGACGCCCCGGAUUCGCCGCAUCAUACCCCAAUCACCGGCAACCGCAAUCGGGAUUUGGAUUCAGAUGAAGAACCAACUCCUUCAGUCACCAAGAAGAAAAAGAAAGUCAAACCCACCUCCCUCCAAACCUCUGCCGAUGACGCCAAUGAUUCUGGGCCGGGGAGUUCCGCCACGCAGGAGCUGGAAAUUGUGUUCAAACUCCAUCCCAAAAUGCUGGAAAACAAGGAGGUCAUCGAGGCCAUAAAAGAAUCCUCCACCCGAUACAUCAAGACCACUUCCAAAGCCUUGGUCGAGCAUCUGUGUAAAUAUUUGGCCAUGCGGAUAUCCUUGGAUUUUUCACCGGUCAAGAAAGAAACCCAUACCACGCCUUCGUCGUCGUCAGGGGGAGUCGGGACCAACAGUACUGGGAUGACCUCUUCGGUCAAAGACCUGACUAUUUUCAUCUCGCCGAGUCCCGGCCAAAUGGUGGAACUGACCCCAAACAUGUCCUUGAAGGGGGUGAACGAAAAGUAUUGGAUGGUUAACAAGCCCAUGGAGAUGUUAUAUGCCUUUCACCGCCAUUGAAAAUAUGAUGUACAAGGCAGCCCAUUGUCAGGCAGAAUAUUUUGAUUCAACCAUGUAUGAAAUUGAAGGUGAACCCAGAACACCGCGCGUAUUAAAGAAAGUGGAUGAUUGA